AUGGCGUCUCUUGGCGAUGAUCUGCUCGUCACCGUGAACAAGCUCCAGGACCUGGUCUUUAACACGAUCGGCAAUGAUUCACUGGACCUGCCCCAGAUUGUAGUCGUUGGUUCUCAAUCGUCCGGCAAGUCGUCCGUAUUGGAGAACAUCGUUGGCCGAGACUUUUUGCCGCGCGGUAGUGGUAUUGUGACCCGUCGUCCCUUGAUUCUGCAACUUAUCAACAUCCCCAGCGAGCGCUCCGAUCGACCCGAGAAUGACGAGGUUCACGUCCCGCAUACCCCGGAGAGCGUUGCUGGUCAACAUGAGUGGGCCGAGUUCCAUCAUCUUCCUGGUCGCAAGUUCGAGGAUUUCUUGAUGGUCAAGCAGGAAAUCGAGGCGGAGACUGCGCGCAUCGCGGGAAGCAACAAAGGCAUCAACAGACAGCCGAUCAACCUGAAGAUCUUCUCACCGCACGUUCUGAAUUUGACGCUGGUGGAUCUGCCAGGUCUGACCAAGGUGCCAAUUGGGGACCAACCGUCCGACAUCGAGAAGCAGACCCGCACUCUGAUUUUGGAAUACAUUGCCAAGCCCAACAGUAUUAUUCUCGCUGUUUCUCCUGCAAAUGUCGACUUGGUCAACUCCGAGGCGCUGAAGCUCGCGCGGCAGGUGGACCCCAUGGGCCGCAGGACGAUUGGUGUGUUGUCCAAGCUGGAUCUGAUGGAUCAUGGUACCAAUGCUAUGGAUAUCUUGUCUGGUCGUGUGUACCCAUUGAAGCUUGGCUUUAUCGGUGUUGUCAACCGCUCGCAACAGGAUAUUCAGGUUGGAAAAUCGCUCUCUGAGGCACUGCGCGCCGAAGCGGACUUUUUCCGUCAUCACCCAGCCUACCGGAACAUGGCCAACCGAUGCGGGACACAAUAUCUCGCCAAGACCCUGAAUUCUACUCUGAUGGCGCAUAUCCGUGACCGUCUCCCAGAUAUCAAAGCUCGACUGAACACUCUGAUGGGACAGACUCAACAGGAGUUGGCAAGCUACGGAAAUAAGCAGUUCAGUGGAAAGGAACACCGCGGCUCUUUAAUUCUGCAGCUCAUGACUCGUUUCGCCUCAUCUUUCAUUUCAUCUAUUGACGGAACUUCAUCUGAAAUCUCAACCAAGGAGCUUUGCGGUGGUGCGCGCAUCUAUUACAUCUUCAAUGAAGUCUUCGGCAACUCAUUGGAGACCAUUGAUCCUACUCACAAUCUGACCGUCUCGGAUAUCAGGACUGCCAUUCGGAAUUCCACAGGACCUCGACCCAGCUUGUUCGUUCCUGAGCUUGCUUUUGAUCUAUUGGUCAAGCCGCAGAUCAAGUUGCUGGAGGCACCUGCGCAGCGUUGCGUCGAGCUAGUGUACGAAGAGUUGAUCAAGAUUUGCCAUACCUGCGGCUCCCAGGAACUUUUGCGCUUCCCUCGCCUGCAGGGUAAGCUCAUCGAAGUUGUGUCGGACCUACUGCGUGAGCGACUGGGCCCGUGCUCUGGCUACGUCGAGUCUUUGAUCUCCAUUCAGCGCGCUUACAUCAACACCAACCAUCCCAACUUCCCUGGUGCCGCGGCUGCCAUGCAAUCCAUCAUCCAUAAUCGUCAAGAAGAGGAGCGAAAGGCAAUCAUGGUCGAAGAAAAGCGCAAACGCGAGAAGCGACGACAGAAGGAGCUCACUGCUGCCAAUGGAGCUGCCGGUGGACCCGAUGACGAAGACGCACAAUCCGAGAACAAAGUUCUACCACUUCGAAAUCAGUCUGGGAAACCGACACGAAGCAUGUCGCCUCACGUCGGGCGGGGCUCUGAAAAUGGUAUCGCUGCUACUUUGAACGGCACCCACGCAGGCAGUGCGGCCGGGUUCGGUAGCUCACACCACACUACGCGUGACUCCUUCCUCAACUACUUCUUCGGUAAGGAGGGCGGCCUUCCCAGUCCAGCACCAGCGCCUCAAGCGGGUAUGACCCGACCAGUUACCCACCACAGCGAGCCGAGCAUCAGUCAGAGUCUCCGUCGUCAGGAGGUACGAUCGCCAGUCCUACCGGUGGAGGAAUACCCUGCUCCUCCGAGCGAGUUCGGUGGAGAUAUCUCCUCUUUCCCCCAUGAAAAUGCGGAACCGACCCUGACGGAUCGCGAGAUUCUUGAAACCGAGCUGAUUCGUCGUCUUAUCUCAUCCUACUUUAACAUUGUGCGAGAAACCAUCGCCGAUCAGGUUCCCAAGGCGAUCAUGCAUCUCCUCGUCAACCACAGCAAAGAUGUUGUACAAAACCGAUUAGUCAGUGAACUCUACAAAGAGGACCUAUUUGGCGAGCUGCUGUACGAAGACGACGGCAUCAAGGCCGAGCGGGAAAAGUGCGAGCGAUUGCUGGAGACAUACAAGGAGGCUGCCAAGAUCGUUGGCGAGGUUCUGUAG